GUCAAAACAAGCAGUGAGUGUGACUGUGACUGUGAAACUGACGUUAACAAAGAAAACUUUACGCUGAAAGCACAAGUUCUCACUGUUAUGGAUCUCUUCAUAAACAAAAGGAUUUGUCUCAUCACUUUAACUUUUGAGGAUUUUUAACGUUGAAAUUGAUUUCCUUUUUUUAUGUUUUCAAGGAAGUUGGCCACGUGGGGAUAAGGCAGGGAUUGUUAUUUGGUGAAGGGCUCCUUUCAGACACAGUCAUGGUGCUCAUUCUGGGUCGCCGUGUGAUUCAUGAGAACUCUGGUGGUAUGCCAGAAUCCCCUGCAGUAAAACGAAAAGUCUUGGAGAUGGAGUCAAAGAACCUGAAUGACGUGUUAAACUUCUCUUCUGGUUCUUCUCAUGCUGAGAGUGUUCUCCAGAUCUUCAAUGAGUUCCGUGACAGUCGUGUCUUCACAGACGUGAUCAUAAGUGUCCAGGGUCGAGAGUUCCCAUGUCACCGUGCCGUGCUCUCAGCCUGCAGCAGCUACUUCCGUGCCAUGUUCUGCAAUGACCACCGGGAGAGCCAUGAGAUGCUGGUGGAGAUCAACGGCAUUCAGGCAGAUGCCAUGGACACUUUCCUGCAGUAUGUUUACACCGGUCGUGCCUGCAUCACCACAUAUAAUGUCCAGUUCCUCUUUGAGACCUCUAGCCUCUUCCAGAUCGUCACUCUGCGAGAUGCUUGCUCAAAGUUCCUAGAGCAGCAGCUGGACCCCUGCAACUGUCUUGGAAUCCAGCGCUUUGCAGAUGCUCAUUCUCUCAAACAGCUGACCAGUCAUUGCCGUGGCUUUGCUCUACAGAAUUUUCCAGAGGUGGCGCAGCACGAGGAGUUUCUAGAUUUGCGCAAAGAUGAACUGGAGGAAUACAUAGCUAGUGACGAGCUGUCCAUUUGCCGGGAGGAAGUGGUGUUCGAGGCGGUUAUGCGUUGGGUUUACCACGGUGUGGAAUACCGCAGGCCCAUGCUUAAAGACUUGCUACAACAUGUUCGACUGCCUCUCCUGCACCCAAACUACUUUGUUCAGACGGUGGAAGGAGAUCAACUGAUCCAGAAUGCUCCAGAAUGUUACCAGCUGCUGCAUGAAGCACGUCGCUACCACGUACUUGGGAAUGAGAUGAUGUCACCACGUACCAGACCCCGCAGGUCGACGGGUUUCUCUGAGGUCAUCGUGGUAGUGGGGGGGUGUGAGAGAGUGGGAGGGUUUAAUCUACCGUACACUGAGUGUUACGACCCCAUGACUGGAGAAUGGACGUCUCUUGCUAAACAUCCUGAGUACACCAAGUCCGAAUAUGCUGUCUGCACCCUCCGCAAUGACAUACUUGUGUCAGGUGGACGCAUCAACAGCAGCUACGUGUGGAUGUAUAAUUCGCAGCUCAACCUCUGGAUCAAAGUGGCCUCUCUCAAUAAGGGUCGCUGGAGACAUAAGAUGACUGUCCUGCUAGGGAAGGUGUAUGCAGUUGGAGGUUAUGAUGGCCAGUGUUGUCUCAGUAAUGUGGAGGUUUAUGAUUCCUUCUCCAACCGAUGGACCGAGGUGACCCCUUUGAAAGUAGCCGUCUGCUCCCCAGCAGUGACCAGCUGUGCAGGAAAACUCUUCGUAAUUGGAGGAGAACCCAAUGAAAACAGCUGCUCCAAUAAGGUCCAGUGUUAUGACCCAGAGACAGACAGCUGGCAGCUGAGGGCUUGUGUUCCCUUCACCAAACCCAACAUUUCUGCUGUGUCUCUCAAUAACCUCAUCUACAUAUGUGGCGGCCUGACCAAGUCCAUCUACUGCUACAAUAAUUCAGAGGAUCACUGGAUGCAUACGAUCAACACCUUCAGUAGACAGGAGAGCUGUGGUAUGUCAGUUUGCAAUGGAAAGAUCUACAUCCUGGGUGGGCGGGGAGAGAAUGGCGAUGCCUCUGACAAUAUCCUGUGUUACGACCCUGUCUCUGGCAUCAUCACGGGCGUGGCUGCCAUGCCCCGCCCCAUCUCAUACCACGGCUGUGUUACCAUACACCGUUUCAGUGAGAAACAACACAAACCCUGACAGCAUCCACAAACGCACUGCAAGCUUGAUGUGUCACCAUCUACAGUACUGCUUCAAUUUUAAACUCAUCCUCACAAAGCCAGAAGUGAUCUGUUAAAUAGUCACAUAUAAUUUAUAUUGAUCUCCCAGUUAGACAGUUAACACAGUAUAUAUACUGAUAUAUGGGUUGUUAGCACAUAUGGUCAAUGGACUUUUUUAUCAGCAUCAACAUUUUUGGUUAAAAUUUAUAUGAAUACUUAAGUGAAAGUGUUUAUUUUAAAUGUUGUGGCUGGUCAAGUUUUUCCACAAUUUGUAAUUACCUUUUUACCUUUAUUUUAAAUGGCCAUACAGUGUCACAAAUAAUUUUUUAAAAGGGCAAAUAUUCCAUGUAGUCUCUUAAUUAAAGAUGAAAAAUUUUAAAUGCUUGCAGAAUUGUAAUUUAAAAAAAAGAAGCAGAAAUUAGUUUUUAGAUUUUAGUUUUAGAAAAUUGCAUGCCACACUGCAGGACAUGAAAACUUCCCAAAGGAUUUUAUGUCAACUACCCAUAUGCACCGUUAAGUCAAAACAUUAUGACCACCUGCCUAAUAUGCUGUUAGGUCCUCCGCCUGCCAACAAAAUAGUGCCGACCUGCUGAGGCUUGGACUCUACAAGACCCCUGAAGGAGUCCUGUGGUAUCUGGCACUAAGACAUUAGCAGCAGGUCCUUCAAGUCUUGUAAGUUGCGAGAUGGAGCAACCGUGGAUCAGACUUGUUGGUCCAGCACAUUCUAUAGAUGCUCAGUCAGAUUGAGAUCUGGGGUAUUUGGAGGCCAGGGCAACACCUUGAACUCUUCAUCAUGUUCCUCAAACCAUUUCCGAACAAUGUGUGCAGUGUGGCAGGGCGCAUUAUCCUGCUGAAAGAGGCCACUGCCAUCAGGGAAUACCAUUGCAAUGAAGGGAUGUACCUAGUCUGCAACAAUGUUUAGGUAGGUGGCAUGUGUCAAAUUGAUGUUCACAUGAAUGGCUGGACCCAGGGUUUCCCAUUAGAACAUUGCCCAGAGCAUCACACUCCCUCCACCGGCUUGUCGUCUUCCCAAUGUGCAACCUGGUGCCAUCACUUCCCCAGGUCAACAGCAUACACUUACACAGCUGUCAAUGUGAUGUAAAAGAAACGGGACUCAUCGGACCAGGCGACCUUCUUCCACUGCUCCAAGGUCCUGUUCAGACGCUCGCGUGCCCAUUGUAGGCACUUCCAACAGUGGGCACUCUAGCUGGUCCACGCAGCCCCAUACACAUCAGGGUGCGAUGCACUGUGUGUUGUGACGCAUUCCUCUCUUAACCAUCAUUAAAAUUUUCUGUGACUUGUGCCACAGUAGACCUUUUGUUGGUUCGGGCCAGACGGGCUAGCCUUCGUUGCCCUUGCACAUUGAUGUGCCUUGGGUAUCCAACACCCUGCCGGUUUGUGGUUUGUCCCUCCUCGGACCACUGUUGGUAGGUACUCACCACUGCUGACCUGGAGCACCCCACAAGCCUUGCCAUUUCAGAUAUGCUCUGACCCAGCAUUCUGGCCAUAAACAUUUGGCCCUUGUCAAAGUCACUCGGGUCCUUACUCCUGCCCAUUUCUCCUGCAUUCAACACGUUGACUACAAAAACGGAUUAUUUGCUUACCAGCUAAUCUACCCAGACCUUGACACAUAGCCAUGUUAGGAGAUGAUCAAUGUUAUUCGGUUUACCUGUGAGGUGGUCAUAAUGUUUUGGUUCAUCAGUGUAUACCCACAGGCAGAAUUUAGAACUGUAUUAAACUGCUCAUGUUGAUUUCACCAUCAUCAUGCUAAAGCUGUUUAACAUUGUUAUCUGUGAGGCAACCGUUAAUUCAAAACACUGGAAGUGUGUAAAUCCUCCCCAUCCUCAUAACUUUAAACUGUACAUGCAGACUGAUCACACCUUCCAAUAAUGUAUAAAAUAUCUGAUGGAUCAAUAUGUUUUUCUAGAAGUUGUGAUGGUGCCAACAGCCUGUUAAUGGAAACAGACUCCGCAAAUGCUCACAUAAUCCCUACUUUUUUAAUUUAUUGUUUAUGCCGUUUCAUUUGUAUGCUAUUUUUUUAUGUUAUUUUGUGGUGUUUUAUAGCAUUAGUCCUGUAUUUUGACAUUGUUUGGUUGACUUGUUGUGAAAGUCUGCAGACAGAAACAGAGGUUUUGACUAGUGAAAUUUGGGGUAGUUUUAAUAAGCCUUUCACUCUUCCAUCAUAUUGUUAUGCUUUUGAGCUUACUAAAUGACAAAACACUUAAUUACUGCAUUAGCUUUAAGGGGUUUUCAUAUAGAGGUUUUUGUGUUCUAAGCAACAUUUUCUCAGAAAUGUAGUAGUUGAUUGAAACCUAAGGCAGUUCUGAUUUUGAAAUGUCAGCGUUCUUUUGGGUUCUCAAUGAACCGUACAGCUGUGAAUUGACUUUUUCCUUUUUGUGUCAUAUCUGUAUUUAAGUGUCUCAGUAUAUUUAGUGUGACAACCAGGAUGUGCCUUUCUGAUUAGUUUUUUUUAAAUCAGAGCCCCAGUCAUGCACUUACAUUAAUUAGUGUUUUUAGUAAGACGAUAUCUCAGUGUAAAUACAUUUGACAUUUUUUAAUUUUCUUUUUGGAAUGUUUUGUUUGUUAUUUUAUGUUGUGAUUUGUUUAUCUUUUGAGAUAGAUUACAAAAUGUGUGUGCUUUUGAGUACAGUCUGUCUGUGCAUGUUUAUAUUAGCCUGCAUUAUGUUUAUUAAUCAGAUAGUAGCCUCUGCUCUAGUGCUUAUCAGUACUGGAGAAAGACAUUUACUAUCAGAAUCAUCUUCCAUUGGUUUCAUUUUCUGAAAUUCAUCUGAAUCUUUCAGGCAGAGUGCUGACAGCUUGGUUUCUAGUUUAACCACAACACUGCACCUCAAUUACUACCUGCAAUGACAAAGAUACAAGUAUGUCUGCAUAUAUAUAUUUUUUUCAGAUACUCACAUGAUUUGUUGAUUUGUUUUUGGAUCAUUUUAAUAAUUACAAGCUGUACUGGUUUAUACUUUUUGUAUAUGUUAUUUGGCCAAUGUAUGUACUAUUGUAUUAUUAUGAAAUGCUGUUUAUGUUGUCUUAUAUAUAUAUAUAAUUGUUUUUUUUUUAAACCCAACUUUAUAUCGUCUUGUUUUGGGUUGGAUGUGGUAUUUUAUUGUUUUUAUUGAAUUGAAUAUGUUUGUUUUUCUCUACUCUGUGCUUUAGUGGAGAUUCAAAUUAGAGCAUGUGAGCGAAGCGGAGCGGUGUGACGCUCAGCUCAAUAUUCCGCUCUAUGCGCGUGCGCUCCACUCAGUCGCUCGCGUCCCAAGCGAACGCUCCACUGAUGAAUCGCUCACGCUCACCGGUAAAACAAAUCCCGCUCAGACAUAAAAUGUCUCUGUAGGCUACUUGCUUUCUGUUUGUACUUUGUAAUGAAUAUCUGGAAUACAUGUAUAAAUUACAGUAGCUAGGAUUGUAAAUAGAAGUUAUUUCGGGGUGAUUCUGAAUAAAAGUCUGUUCUUUUUAUUCAUUUAAAUGCAUUAAAUUAACUUAAUUAAAAAACAUGUCUAGCCCUUUGGCAAACUUGCCUAUUAAAUGCAAUAACUGAAAAGGUAUAUUUGAUUUUCGUUAUUUUAUUUCCGUGAACAUAACUGCAGCUGCAAAACAGGCAUAUUAAAACGCGCGCGCGCACGCACACACAAACAAGAUGAAAUGCAUGACAGAACUUCACAAAACACAUCUGGACUAUCAUGCUCAUAAAAGCACACACAGGUGAAAUGCACUUAACAACAUCUUAUCAAAGCACACCUGGAUGAUUUACUGGCAUUAGUAAAAGAAAACUUUAGAACGCGCGUUAUCUAUUAAUUUAUUUUCGAAUGGUUUGCUGCACUACCAUGUUUGCGUAGCACAUCCUCGUGCUUUCUGGCAAUGUGACGCUUUAGAUUCCAAUAUGAAUCUUUGCUAACUCUCACAGUCUCUCCACACUCCCUUUCAAUUUCUCCUCCCUGCUCGUUCUUAACUGUGAUUUUUACUGUGCAUUUAUGCAUAAGGCUCGCAACUUCCUUAAAACAAUAUUUGAACUCCAUAACCAACCCACUAUUGCUUUAGCUAAUUCACCGAUUCUCGAACUAGCAAAUCACAAUAGGGCAUUCCGGGUAGAGCGAGCGGAGCGGAAUCUUCAGAAAGGCGCUCUCCGCACAGGAGGAAGUAUUACCGCUCCCCGCUACGCUCACAUGCUCAAAUCUUUAAUCAUCAUGUUGCCUGGUCAAAAAAAUGACGAUAUUGACUUGAGUUAAAUACCACCAAACCAGGUAUUACCAAGGAAUAGACAUCCAGAGCUGAGCUCUGAGUUUGUCAUGUCAUGUUAAUUAAUAAGCACAUCCUGGUAUUUGUAUUUCCAUGACAACUCAGAUGGCCCAAAAAUGCAGUUUUAAAGCAUUUCACUUCCAUGGAACAAAACUUGGGCUGAUAAUGGAUUGAAUAUGUGUCCAAAGCAUUAGAAAUAUUGGACGUCAUCCAAAAAUAGUAAUGAUCCUUAAAUUGUGUAAAAUGGUUGAGAAGAUUGGCUUAUAUGUGUUCAGCUUUAUCCUGCUUCUUGUCUUGUAAGUGCCUCGAUAAAGUUUUUAAUUCUAUGGUGUCACAUGUAACAAUUCAUCAGAAAAUAUUCACAAUCACAAAAUUAACUCUUGUGGCCUGAGGAAACAUUCAUUCUUAAGGGUAUGUGGAGCAUUCUGCUUUCAUUCCUUUCAGAGAUGACAUCUGUGCUGUAUUGUCCAUGCUCUGGUCUGCUGUCUUAAAGAGAUAGUUGACACAAAAAUUACAACUCUGUCAUUUAUUCACCCCCAUUGUUGUUCAAAACACAUAUGACUUUCUUUUGUGAAACACAGAAGUGGAUGUUAUAAGCAGAAUUUUAGCCAUUCAUUACAUGUGAAAAAAGAUUCAAUCAAAGGGAAUGGCAACUGAGACCGUCAUUCUGCUGUCUUAUUUUAUGUUCUCCAACCCCUACAUGCUCAAAAUUCAUAGGUAGAUCAUCUUCAACAUAGGGCCUUCUGUAGUAAUUCAGUCAGUACAAAACUGUUUGGCUGAAGCAAAAAUAAUACAUGAAUGAUUUAAGUGUUUAACACUUGUGGAGCUCUCUAGCAUAUCUAAGUGUUCGAAUGUCUGCUUGUGUGAAAAAUGACACUUACAUAUAAGAUGUCCUUCAAGCAUGAACAUGUGUAAUAAUUAGACAGUUAUUCACAAUAAAGACCACAUUACAGACACAAAAAGGCAUGAAAUAUGAAUUCCUGUAAUGUACUAUGUGCCUGACAAAACGGGCUGGAUUCACAAAAAUGUUCUUGAAAAAUUAGAAAGUUCUUAGGAUACAUUUUAAGAAGUUCAUGAAAAGUUCUUAAGAAAUCCUAAAAUAAUUUCUUAAGAACAUCUAGAACAAUUUGGGGGGCCUGGGUAGCUCUGCAAGUAUUGACGCUGACUACCACCCCUGGUGUCACGAGUUCGAAUCCAGGGUGUGCUGAGUGACUCCAGCAAGGUCUCCUAAGCAACCAAAUUGGUCCGGUUGCUAGGGAAGGUAG